GCCCCACGCUGCGUGACCCGCCCCGCACACGGCGGGGACCGCCCCGGGGGUGGCGCUGGGGACACGCCGGGGUCCCGCAGCCCCUCCGCGUGUCCCCGGGGCCAUGAAGGUGAAGGUGAUCUCGGUGCUGGAGGACAACUACAUGUACCUGGUGAUCGAGGAGAGCACCCGGCACGCCGUGGCCGUGGACGCCGCGGUCCCCAAGAGGCUGCUGGAGAUCAUCAGGAAGGAGGACGUGGUGCUCAGGGCCAUCCUCACCACCCACCACCACUGUCCCAGUCCCUGCUGUGCCCCCAGGGACCACGCCAGGGGCAAUGAGGAGCUGGCGCGGCUCUUGCCAGGCCUGCAGGUGUUCGGGGCUGACGAGCGCAUCGGGGCCCUCACGCACAGGGUCAGCCACGGCCAGGAGCUCUCGUUCGGGGCCAUCAGGGUGAGGUGUCUCUUCACCCCGUGCCACACCUCGGGCCACAUGUGCUACUUCAUGUGGGAGGACGAUUCCCCGGAUGCUCCAGCUCUUUUCUCAGGUGACACCCUGUUCGUGGGGGGCUGCGGGCAGUUCUUCGAGGGCACGGCGGAGCAGAUGCACACCAACCUCACCCAGAUCCUGGGGACCCUGCCCAAGGACACGAAGGUUUUCUGUGGCCACGAAUGCACCGUCAGAAACCUCAAAUUCGCCUUGAAGGUGGAGCCAGAGAAUGAAAUGGUGAAGGAGAAGCUGGCGUGGGCCAAACAGAGGGAUGACGAGGACCUGCCCACGGUGCCCUCCACGCUGCACGAGGAGUUCCUCUACAACCCCUUCCUGCGGGUCACGGAGGAGGCCGUGCAGAGGUUCACGGGCAGGACGGAGCCCGUGGAGGUGCUGAGGGCUCUGCGCUCCCACAGGGACAACUUCAAGAAGCCCAAGGAGAGGCCCAACCCCCAGGCCGUGCUGGCCUUCGACUGGGGGCUCUUCGACCCCUUCCUGGAGAAGAAGUGACACCCCCGUGGUGCCAGGGCUCCCUCCCGGCCGGGCCCAGCCCGGCUUGGCUCCAGCUGGGCUGGAUUUUGUCUUUAGGCUGCUUGUGUGAGGCUGCUCUGCUCUGCUCUGCUCCCCUCGGGGGUCCCUUUGGAGAGCCCAGGCUGUGGGACCCCCCCUCGGUGCUGGGGUGCUGGCAGAGGGUCAGGAGGUGGCUUGGAGCAGGGGACAGUCCCAGUUUUGGGGAGCUGCCAUGGAAGGGAGCCAGGGAUGCUCAGGGAUUGUGGUGCUGUGCCCCACGGAGCACCAGGCUCCUGUGCCUGCCCUGCAUCCCAAUCCAGGGCUGCUGUGCUGGUGGCUUUGGGACUCCUGGGAGCCCCCACGGCCCCUCUGGCCCCGUGUCCUGUGUGAGGGACACUUGGGUCCCCCCACGGGACACUGGGAAGUGACUGGUGGCACUGGUGGCACCGGUACCCACCCAACCCCAGCCCUGUGCUGACAAACCUCUCAGCACAGCAGGGUUUGGGAGGGUUCCCCCUCUUUUUUCCAGUAGGUCCCACAGGGAUUUCUGCAGGGGUUCAUGGCCCAGUCGCUGCCCUGGGGAGCCCUUGGCCCCGUGGGGUGUCCAGGAGGAGCCAGGGUCUGCCCAGGAGGGAUUUCCCAAGCUGGGACAGAGCUUAGGCAGCCAAGAACAAAGUUCUGCCAGGCAUCCCUUUCUGCAUUUUGCUUUUUCCAAGAUAAAAACUGGAAAACACUCGGUGCCAACUCCAUGGACACUGCCUUGUCAAGAGCCAGGGAGCAGCUGGGGCUCCCAGGCCUCCCCAGCCUUCACUUUGUGCAAAACCAGGGCUGUGUUUUAUUUGUCUGAGAAAGGAACAGAGUUUUAUUUGCAGGUGUGGGGAGGCACUUCACACCUGUGAAGUCAUUCCUUUUUUUUUUUUUUUUUGUGGAGAAAAUGAGGGUUUGAUGGCAGCUCCCAGCACUGGGACAGAGUUGAUUUCAGGGAUUUUCAUGUGUGGACUGUGAAUUUCUUUGUUGCCACUGGAGUCUGGUUUGGGGCUUUUUCCUGUGCUACAAAUUAAGGGUUUGGGGUUUUUUUUUCCAUUUAAUAAAUUAUAGUUUGGAUUUAC